AAGCGAUUGUCCAUUCUAGAGCCUUUUGCACUUAUUUGUGUCUGAAACUGAUCGCAGGGUCCACCGGGCUUUCCGGGGCCUCCGGGUGAAGCUGGACUGCCGGGGAUAAAGGGUGAAAGAGGCAUUGACGGAGUGGACGGCCUGCCAGGCGAGCCUGGGCCAAUGGGUCCGAAAGGCGAAAUGGGCAAGAUGGGAACACCUGGAGCACCUGGAAAGCCGGGCCCGAUGGGUCCAGCCGGCCUCCAAGGGGACGUCGGUCUUCCGGGAGACAAAGGUGACAAGGGCCAGAUGGGGCCACUGGGACUACAGGGCCCGACAGGACCACCGGGUCCACCCGGACCAGCGGGAGCACCAGGUCUGCGAGGGUCACCGGGCCCUGCGGGUGACGUUGGAGCGCCUGGCUUAGUGGGGCCACCUGGCCAACCUGGAAGUGUGGGCGCACCGGGCGACAAGGGCAUGAAAGGUGACAGAGGAAAGCGGGGCCCCAAGGGUCACAGUGGCCUGCUAGGAAGGACAGGCGCCAAGGGCGACACCGGUGAAAAGGGAGAGAAAGGUCAACGCGGGGACACCGGACCUCCAGGACCUCAAGGACCCCAGGGACCCAUGGGAUUGGAAGGAGCUAAAGGCUCGGACGGGCCGCAGGGAGAGCCGGGACCCGAAGGAAUUCCGGGGCCUAAAGGUGUUCAGGGACCAGCAGGAAUGAAGGGUGAAACAGGACCACCAGGACCUAUUGGACCUCCUGGCCCGCCUGGCGAAGGACCCCAGAUACCUCCAGAGAUGCUGUUCCAGAGGGACCGCCACAAUAGGUUCAAGCGCAGCCUCGAAAAACUUGACAACAGCAGCGUCAAAGACAAUUAUAUUGUCACCUCUGGUGACGAUGACGACACUGGCAACGAUGAGCACAACUCGACGUUGACAGCGGAACCGCUUAGUGAAGCGUCAUUCGAGAGGAUCAACCGGACGCUGACGCACAUCUUCGCCAAUGUGUAUAUCAUGCGGCGCGAGAUUGAACAAAUCCGGAGGCCCGUGGGCUCGCAGCCCAACCCGUCCCGGUCGUGCCGUGACCUGAAGCUUGCGUACCCGGACACCCCCGACGGCUGGUACUGGGUGGACCCCAACCUUGGCGUGCCAGACGACGCAGUGCGCGCCUACUGCGGCAUGCGGGCUGGCGGUGAGACCUGCGUGUUCGCCGACGGAGGCGAGGACUCGGUGCGCAUUGCCAGGUGGGAGAAGCCUUCGUCUCACGCCGCUGACAACGGCUCAUUGUCAUGGUUCAGCCAGCUCAAGGGUGGCUUCAGGGUGGGCUAUCGCACCGUCGGCGACGUACAGCUGCGCUUCCUCGGUCUUCUGAGCACCGGAGCCUACCAGAACUUCACCUUUGUUUGUAACAACGUGAACGCCUGGUACAGCCAACGGACCAAGGACCACGCUCACGCACUUCGCUUCCGGGGCCGCAACGCUGCUCUUAUCAGCUUCGAGAAAAACAGUCCCACUGUUCCUGUAGAUGACUGCCAGUACCGGGAUGGCAAGACGGUGUUCGUGUUCAAGACCAAGGAGCCAGCCAUACUGCCAAUUGUAGACUUCCAGCCAUCCGACUUCGGCGGCGAACACCAGUCCUUUGGAUUCGAAAUCGGGCCAGUUUGUUUUCAAUAAAAUGAAAAAAAAUGUUUUUUUGCUUAGGUGUCCCAGAAAUAGCAUAUAGAACAACGUUCGCGACAUAUUGCCGUGAGAAAAAUACCACGACACCUAUAAUGUACUGCGGCUUUUUAGUUGAUAUUUUAUACUUUGGGACAAUUGGAAGCGGGGGAAAAUGUCCAUUGGGAAAAGUUUGGAAUUCUCAUUUUGGAAAAACCUGUACGCGUGCUGUACGAGCUGCCUGUAUUCAUAAUAAAGUAGUGUCGAGAGACGGAGCACACACGAUAUUUCCAGAAAGCUUAAUCUGUUGCAACUUCUCGGAUGAUCGCCCAACUAAGACAGUAGAAUGCGCGCAUAGAAAGCGCGAAGUGAGAAAUAAAUGUGAUGCAAGCAAAGCGAUAUGCUAAAAGGCUAUCUUUAUACGCGCAGAACAUAUGCAUAUAAGAGUGAUAGAGAUAGCAUGGGAGAGGUA